AUGCAUUCCUUUACUAAAGUAGCUCGACCCCUUUCAGGAUCUCGUCUAUUAUUAAAAUUUAAGAAGCUUCAUCCUUAUUCAGAAGUUUCGCCUUUCACAAAGGAUUUUGCUUUUCGUCGUUUAACUCAGGUGGUUUCACCUAGCAUCAAUGCUUUAGGCUUUGAAGCAACUUCAGUAGAAAAGCCAAAUCGACCUAUUUAUCUUGAUCUACAAGCUACAACUCCUACUGAUCCACGCGUACUCGAUGCAAUGAUGCCGUAUUUGACGGAACAGUAUGGUAAUCCACAUUCAAGGACUCAUGCAUAUGGCUGGGAAGCUGAAAAAGCAGUUGAACAAGCUCGAGCACAUGUAGCUAAUUUAAUUAAAGCGGAUCCAAAAGAAAUAGUUUUCACAUCAGGAGCUACAGAAUCGAAUAACAUUAGUGUUAAAGGCGUUGCUCGAUUUUAUAAAAGUAGCAAGAAACAUAUUAUUACAACUCAAAUUGAACAUAAAUGUGUCCUUGAUUCAUGUCGAGUUCUUGCUGAAGAAGGGUUUGAUGUCACUUAUUUACCUGUUCAACCAUCAGGUCUUAUCGAUUUAAAUCUUUUGGCUGAAUCUAUACGUCCAGAUACAUCGUUAGUAUCUAUAAUGACAGUUAACAAUGAGAUUGGCGUGACACAGCCAAUUAAAGAAAUCGGUCAAAUUUGUCGGUCAAAAAAAGUAUUUCUUCAUACUGAUGCUGCACAAGCGGUUGGAAAAAUUCCUCUCGAUGUUAACGAAAUGAAUAUUGAUCUUAUGAGCAUUUCAGGUCAUAAGAUUUAUGGACCAAAAGGGGUGGGUGCAUUGUAUGUACGUAGAAAACCAAGAGUUAGGGUUGAGGCACUACAAAGCGGUGGUGGACAAGAAAGAGGAUUGAGAAGCGGAACUGUACCUACACCAUUAGUUGUAGGACUAGGUGAAGCAUGCAAAAUUGCCAAGGAAGAAAUGGAAUAUGAUUCAAAACGUGUUAAAAAACUUUCGCAAAGACUGGUUGACGGAAUUAUGGGAAAAGUUCAGCACGUUGUUCGCAAUGGAGAUCCAAAUGCAAGUUAUCCAGGUUGUGUCAACCUCUCAUUUGCCUAUAUUGAGGGUGAAUCACUUUUAAUGGCUCUUAAAGAUAUUGCGCUUUCAUCUGGUUCAGCAUGUACUUCUGCAUCCCUGGAACCUUCUUAUGUUUUACGUGCAUUAGGCGCUGAUGAUGAUAUGGCACAUUCGAGCAUUAGAUUUGGUAUAGGAAGAUUUACUACAGAGCAAGAAAUUGAUUUUGUUGUAAACAAAGUUGUACAACACGUUGACAAACUAAGAGAAAUGUCACCACUUUGGGAAAUGGUUCAAGAAGGCAUAGAUUUGAAGUCAAUUCAAUGGAGUCAACAUUAA